CCCAGCGCAAAUUAGGGUUCAUCACCAGACAAAAUUUUUCUGCUCACCACCUUUUGCUCCUUUCAUCCCUCUCCACUGCUCCAUCAAUGAUGUGUGUGAUAUCCAUGGUCAGAUGCAAUACUUUGUUGCAAGGCCUUUCACCCUUUUCUCUUCUCAAUUGACCAGACAAUUCAAGCUUUCACUGGUCAACACUGAAGGAUCUUAGUUUGCCCUUGUGAGGGUUACUGAGAAUAAUAGAAUGUCUGAAGAGGCUGGGCCGAUGCUAGUUGUUUACGAUGACCCUUCAGAUCAAAGAUCUUUGUCUUUGGAUGAUACGAGCAGCACAGAGGAAUCACCUGAUGAAACGAGGCUUUCGCUAGAAACCACAACUGAUGCAAUCCCAUAUAUUGGCCAAAGAUUUGUUACUCAUGAUGCAGCUUAUGAAUUUUAUAGUGAAUUUGCCAAACGAUGCGGCUUCUCAAUCCGGCGUCACCGCACAGAAGGAAAAGAUGGUGUUGGCAAAGGACUCACGAGACGCUACUUUGUCUGUCAUCGUGCAGGCAACACACCUAUCAAGACCUCAAAUGAAAGUAAACCUCAAAGAAAUAGGAAAUCCUCACGGUGUGGAUGUCAAGCUUACUUGAGGAUAAGCAAGACAACAGAAUUAGGAGCACCAGAAUGGCGUGUCACAGGCUUUGCAAACCAUCACAAUCAUGAACUCUUGGAACCAAACCAAGUUCGUUUCCUUCCUGCGUAUCGCACCAUAUCAGAUGCAGACAAGAGUCGGAUUUUAAUGUUUGCCAAAACGGGAAUUUCAGUACAGCAAAUGAUGAGGCUCAUGGAGCUUGAGAAGUGUGUGGAGCCUGGAUAUUUGCCAUUUACUGAGAAGGAUGUGAGGAAUCUGCUUCAGUCAUUCAGGAAACUGGAUCCGGAGGAUGAGAGCAUAGACUUGUUAAGAAUGUGCAGAAACAUCAAGGAUAAGGAUCCAAACUUCAAAUUUGAGUUCACACUAGAUCCAAGCAACAGGUUAGAGAAUAUUACUUGGUCAUAUGCUUCAUCAAUCCAGUCAUAUGAUGUCUUUGGUGAUGCAGUGGUGUUUGAUACAACACAUCGCUUGACUGCUUUUGACAUGCCGCUUGGGAUAUGGGUUGGAAUAAACAACUAUGGUAUGCCUUGCUUUUUUGGCUGUGUGCUUCUACGAGAGGAAAAUUUGAGAUCUUUCUCAUGGGCAUUGAAGGCAUUCUUGGGGUUCAUGAAUGGGAAGGCUCCACAAACGAUAUUAACUGACCAAAAUAUGUGUCUCAAAGAUGCCAUAGCCAUGGAAAUGCCUACUACUAAACAUGCACUUUGCAUUUGGCUGAUUGUGGCAAAAUUUCCAUCCUGGUUUAAUGCUGUUUUGGGUGAACGAUACAAUGAGUGGAAGGCUGAGUUCUAUCGACUGUAUAAUCUGGAGUCUGUUGAAGAUUUUGAACUGGGAUGGAGGGACAUGGUCAAUUUGUUUGGAUUACACACUAACCGGCAUGUGGCCAAUUUGUUUGCCUUACGGUCACUUUGGGCGUUGCCAUACUUGAGAACCCAUUUCUUUGCGGGAAUGACCACAACUGGCCAAUCAAAGUCAAUUAAUGCUUUCAUUCAACGGUUUUUGAGUGCACAAACCCGGCUUGCACACUUUGUAGAACAAGUAGCUGUUGCUGUAGAUUUCAAAGAUCAGGCUGGAGAGCAACAAACAAUGCAACAGAAUCUCCAAAACCUUUGCCUGAAGACAGGGGCGCCAAUGGAAUCCCAUGCUGCCACAAUCCUCACACCUUAUGCCUUUACUAAGCUCCAAGAUCAAAUUGUUUAUGCUACCCACUAUGCUUCGUUUCCCAUGGAAGAUGGUUUUCUUGUAAGACACCAUACCAAACUAGAGGGAGGUCGGAAAGUGUAUUGGGUUCCAAGGGAAGGCAUCAUAAGUUGCAGCUGCCAUCAGUUUGACUUCUCUGGAAUCCUAUGCAGGCAUGCCCUUCGAGUUCUCUCAACAGGAAAUUGCUUCCAAAUACCAGAGAGGUAUCUUCCUGUCCGCUGGCGGCGCAUUAGUACAUCAUCCACAAAGCUCUUUCAUACUAUCCCAAGUGACCAUGCAGAAAAAGUCCAGUUAUUGCAGAGCAUGGUAUCAACUCUUGUAACCGAAUCAGCCAAGUCCAAGGAGAGACUGGACACUGCAACCGAGCAAGUUUCCAUCCUUCUGUCCCGGAUAAGAGAGCAGCCAGUUUCAAUACAAGGUACAAGAGACAUUCCCAUCCAUAGGAAUCUUUGAUUUGAGUCGAUACCUUAAACACCUUAACAUAGUCAAAACUCAUGGGAAGCAGAGGGAAACCCAUGAACAACUGGUCAUGGAAGGAACUUGGGUCGAUUCUGUAUAGCAAGAUUUGGGAGAAUGUCUGCUUUUACAGGGUUGGGAAGCUGCCCUGGGGCCUGAAGUUCUUUGCAUGACACUUUUUUUGUAGGCUCACAUGCAAUCAAACCAAUACAAGGUGUUGUCUUUCUCAGACAUGGAUUUAUUUCCCUGCUCUUCCCAGAGACUCCCAUGUGUCUGAUAUGUACAAAUAUCUGUUUGUUGAAAGAGAAAAAAGAAAAGAAAUUUUUUGCAUUGUGUAUGCCCAACUGUACUGGUCAUGAGAAGUUACAUUACCUUGGAGUCAUUUGCAGAUUCAAUCUCAUUCUACUUGUUCCUCAUUUGUUCUAGCUCU